CAGCCUCCCAAAGUGUUGGGAUUACAGGCGUGAGCCAUCGCACCCGGCAGUCUUUUUCUUACUGAUUCUCUGCUCACUCUUUUAUUCACUCCUCUGGUCACCUACAUUUUCUCUCUCUCAUUGGCUACUUCACUCACUCCAUUAUCUACACUUGCCUCCUUUUAUGCCACACACAUUUCUUGAGUACCAAUCACAGCCACACUGUUUUGUGUCAGGCUUUACACACAUUACCUUGUUUUAGAUAAAUAAACCACUAUAAUCCAAACAGUUACACCAUUUCACAGAUGAGGAAGCAGACGCAUGGGAAGGUUAUGAAGUCUGUCUUCUUGCAGGAACCCCCAGCUGUCACAAAUGUGUGUUCCUUUCCCUGCCUGUAUUCUUCAUGUCUCUCUCUUCUUUUCUUCAGGGAAAGAGUAUGCCAAGGGAGACAGCCGAUACAUCCUGGGUGACAACUUCACAGUGUGCAUGGAAACCAUCACAGCUUGCCUGUGGGGACCACUCAGCCUGUGGGUGGUGAUCGCCUUUCUCCGCCAGCAUCCUCUCCGCUUCGUUCUACAGCUUGUGGUCUCUGUGGGCCAGAUCUAUGGAGAUGUGCUCUACUUCCUGACAGAGCACCGUGAGGGAUUCCAGCACGGGGAGCUGGGCCACCCUCUCUACUUCUGGUUUUACUUUGUCUUCAUGAAUGCCCUGUGGCUGGUGCUGCCUGGAGUCCUUGUGCUUGAUGCUGUGAAGCACCUCACUCAUGCCCAGAGCAUGCUGGAUGCCAAGGCCACAAAAGCCAAGAGCAAGAAGAACUGAGGAGUGGUGGACUGGGCUCGAACACUGGCCGAGGAGGAGCUCUCUGCCUGCCAGAAGAGUCUAGUCCUGCUCCCACAGUUUGGAGGGACAAAGUUAAUUGAUCUUUCACACUCAGGCUCAUAGGUGGGCACAAGAAGGGGAAUAAAGGGGCUGUUUGAAGGCACUGCUGGGAGCCAUUGGGACACAGAUACAAGAGAAGCCAGGAGGUCUAUGAUGGUGACAAUUUUUAAAAUCAAGAAAUAAAAGAUCUUGACUCU